AUGUUGCCCAUCAGUUUCCUCUCAACCUAUCAGAAGUACAAGAGGGACACAGACGUCGUGGCUACAUGGCUCGUCGCAACGGCCAAGCAACGUGGAUACGAAGACCCUCUCUCCACGCCAGUUGCCCUAGGCGCGGGCACUAAGACAACAUCAGCGCCUCCGCCUAGUCGCUUAAAGGGCAAGGCGCGCAAAGCAGCUAAGGAGCAACAGCGGCAGCAGGCUACUCUGUCGAGCAAAGACGAGAAGGAUCCGUCGUUGAAUGUGAAGCAUGUGCUCGCCAUCCGAGACUUUGUGCCGCUGGCCGAGUUCAUCGCCGAUCAGAUGGGAGCAACCCAGAUGGAAGUCGACGAUGGCCCUGCAAUUCCACCAUUUCUGAUGACGGCCCUGGAGCGUACGAUUCAUGUGCGCAAGAGCUUCUCAGCGCGCCUCAGCGAGGUCGAACAGCAUCGCAACGACCAGGCAGACGCCACGCACACGCAUUUUGUCGACGUGUUGGAGAAGCCCCGAGGCUACAACAUCUUUGACUUGUUGCAAGUGUUUGAACCAUCUGACGACGCUUCAACCGAACCUGACGUUGUGGAUCCUGCUCCGUCCUCGCUUUCUGUCGACGUCGAGUUUACGGCUGUCGACGUCAAGUACACGCCUGAAUAUAGCGAACACUCGGAGCCCGAGGCCGUAUUCGCCUUCACAGCCCUGCUCAAAGACCUAUUUAGCCUGCGCGAAGAGAUCCGCGACUUGUGGGAAGACUAUUCCAGCGGCAAGCUCGACUUGGCUGCUACUGCGGUUAGCGUAAACAUUGCCCUGGAGCUCGCGCGCACCAUGGAAGAGGAGGUGACGCCGUUGCUGGUCAAGUACGGGGGUGCCAUAACCCUGCUGCCCAAAAUCUUCGACGCCGUCUGCCAGUCCCUGGGUCUCGAUCCCAACGAGAAGGAGCUGCCUUCUGACGACAUGAACUUGGCGUGCUAUGACAUUGGCGCUUCGUUCCUGUGGAAUAUCGCCAGCUUGGUUGAUGCCAUUCGCGUGUCCGCGCCAGACGGCUCACAAGGGGUGACUCGUUACACCGGCAGCUUCGGGUGGUUUGACCCGCAAGCUGAAAACCUGGAGACGAUGAGCAACCGCGAGCGAUGGGCCCAGGACAAGGCAGCGGUACUGGAAGUUGUGCCCGAUCUCAACAUGCUCUACGAGCUCAAGGGCAUUGAGAUACACGACGAGCUGGCUCGCGGCUUCCGAACCAUGUUCAGGACGCAGUAUGUGCCUAUAUGGCUGUGCUUUGCGGUCCAAAACUACAUCGACACGCUACGCUUCUUGGGACCCAAGGUCAAGAAGACCCUAGCCGAGUUUUACCAUUUCAACGAGUCCGUUGUCGGCCUGCUCGACCGCGCAGCCACGGUAGAGCAUAGCGGCGAUGUGGACCAGGAACUCGAAGACGUGCGAAGUAUGGCCACUGUCAAGAAGAACGGCGUCGACAUCUUUACGGUUUUCCGCACAGCUCUGUACCACGGCAGUGGUUACGAGAGCGAACACAGGACAUCGCACUUUAUGCUACACAACCCAGUCUUUUGCGGCAUGUGGAUUCAUUACGUGCGUGUCAGCAUGCAUAAGGCGGGCGUCCUCUAUGCCGCCACGCCUGGCGCCGUCUUAUACAGCGUCCAGCUGUAUGCGGCGGUGCAACAGCAACAACAACAACAACAGAAAGACUCAGUUCCGGUGCAGGAAUGGCCAGACAUCGACAGCAUCAUUGCCAUACAAGGACCUCGGGCCUUCUUCAACGGGCUGAAGCCACCAACAUCGCUCCAGGCACAUUUAAAGAACUACUUCAUGAGCAGAGGCAUAUCGCCCGCCGACUGGCUCCCGGCUACGAAGAGACGCAAGGUCAAGAAGGGUAAGACGCCCGUGUUAACCUCGAAAGCGGAUAUCCGUCAUCUAAAGUUCAGUGCUCCUGCCUCAAUGUGGUGCGCCCUGCGGAUGCAAAAGAAUACCGUGGCCGGCCCAGCAAAGGCGGCUUCGACUGCCGACGUGGUGGAGGAGAUCUUGAACGCGAGUGGCUGGUUCGAUGCCGGCAAGGAAGAAGGCGAGGCGACGGAUGAUGAAGUCGAGAAGAAUGAAGCUGCCGGCAUUGAUGAGUCUCAGGCUGAAGUUGCAGCACAUGGAAAUACUAGGGCCAAGACCAAGUCGGUGUCGAAACUCACCGCGUCACAGCUCGUGCGCCAAUUUUCCCAAGUCAUCCAGACCGAGAUCCCAGACCUCACCUUCAACUACUUCGCCCUUCAUGAGACAGCUCAAAGGCUGCUUCGGGAGUUGCAGGAGCAGGCAGACGACAUUGGUCUGCCGCAGGUCCCAAACCCUCCGACCGACGUUGCCGACUUCGCGGGCCUGAUAUUCGCCACAGCGGCUGGAGAGCUGAUGCCAGAGUCUGGGCAGAGCGAGGAGGUCAUGGGCAGGGUGGCUGACGUGAUGCGAGAGUCUUUGACGGAAGAGCUGGAUGGGACUGUCAUCUCGCCGGGAAGUCUUGCUCGGAUGUUGACGAGUAAGCUGACUCUAUAGUUUCAGUAAAUGGCGAGAGUAGAGGGGAUAUAAGAUUCAGUAGCUGGUAAGACUGGUUUUAUGAAACAGUUGUCAGUCUGCGCAUGAUAAUCAGGUAGCCUAAAGAAGUGGUGAGAUGGCGAAAGACUUUGGUGCCACCCUGUUAGUCCCCAGGUUUAAAACCGACAGUUACGUGGUCAGCCAUCAGCUGCCCUACUCUGCAUGAUUGCUAACUUCCCUAGC